GCUAUACACAAAUCCAUAAUUCAUUCGCAACAAGGGAAUCAAUAUGGUGAAGGCGGACGUCCGAAGGGACUACUACGCGGAUCUAGGCCUUCAACCUAGCGCGGAGACAGAGGAUAUCAAGAAGCAGUUCAGGAAGCUAGCACUCAAAUAUCACCCUGACAGGAACCCGGGCAAGGAACAGGACUUCAUUGCCAGGUUCCAGGCCAUUCAGGCGGCUAAUGAGAUCCUCAGUGAUCCUCAGCAACGGCUCAAGUAUGACACCGAUCGAUUGCGCGCCGGCUACGGCAAAGUUUACGGGCCUCCGAAGACAAAUACCACUCGCAGACAGGCACCGACCUACGCUACUACCCAACCUCCCAAGCCGCAACCUCCGAGACAGCAAUACAGUAGUCGACCCCAGGCAUCUUCCAAAGGACCCUCGGCCGGUGCCCAACGUUACGCAGCCCAUGCGCGCGCAGGACCGCAGCAAUGGCAGAAUCCACAGGAUGAGGCACAAACCAGGGCUGAUGCAUUCCGGGCCUUUCAUGGCAUGCGGGGUUCUAAUCCAGCAGGCUGGCGAGGCUUUGAUCCCGAGACGGGACGUGCAACUCCUUCCUCGGGAGGCACGCCGAGGCAGCAGAAUGCGCCUUUCGGUGCCCAGCGUCCCAAGUCUGCGUAUGAGUACUUCAAAGACAGUAUGAAAUCACAAGGACCUUCAAGCCCCAAUUCUCCCAAGAAAAGAAACGGCUUUGCGCCGGGUACUGCUGGGGGUGAUGAGCCUAUGGCCCGAAAUACUUCGGCGUAUACCAGCACCCGAAGCGAGCGGCCGAGCAGCAUGUAUUUCGAUUCUGCACCUCCGCCAACCGCAAAGAAACCGUCGACUCCAGAAACGGCCCCUUCUUUUGCCCAGCGAACUGGUACAAGCUAUGCCACCUCAGGGGGCGAGAAGACUUUCUUCUCGAGCUCUGGACUCGGACGCUCGUCGACCGUACGUACACCCUCCGGCUCCUAUCGAACGACAAACUCGCGCACAACCCCCUCCAGCCCUGUCAAUGGCGAAUCAGAAGGGCAUCGCAGCGCCAGCCCCAAGGCUAGACGGAACCGUACCUACUCUGCAUCCACGAGCUCUAGUGAACUCGAGGACGACGAUACCGAAGACGAUGUGCGCCCACCCAACACGUUCAAACCCAAAGCCGUACCCAAGAGUCGAUUGGGACCUAAUCAGAAGUUCGCCGACUUCUAUCGGCACGAAAACUCCAGCUCCGGACUUGGUGAGAACCCUCCCACCCGCUCAAGCUCUCAGCACUUCCGGCCACCUACACCCCGGCCAUCCGAGGGAUGGCGGAGACCUGCCCCGUCUCAUCGGGGCCCCUAUUUCAUGGAUUUGGACGCUGACACCUACGAAUAUAAAGGACACAACUCAGAUAGUGCAGCAUUCCCCAAAGGAUCGUAUCGACCGGACCCGCAGGCACAGUCCAAAGACCCUAUCAAUUCGGCGCAAAAAAGGACAAACCCACAAUCAACCCCAUUUGAGAGGAAUAUCCCCGGCAACCUGCACAAGAAGUUCUCUGCUGAAGACUGGAGGGAACAUUUACAUAAAUUCGACUUCAUUGGUGCCAAUGCCAGUCCCACGGAUAGACAGUCGCCUAAUACGCAUAAUCGCCCCCGCGCGUCCACUCGAACUGACUCAACACAGACUGGAACGUCAACAGGAUCGCCUGGCUUCAAAUCAUUCAGCCCUGGAUCCGGAAAUCAGUCUCACCGGUCGCAGCCGCCGCAGCAGCCUACUCCAUUUGCACAGGCAAAGUUCCAUGCGGAUCAGUGGUUUGAAAAGGUGAAGGACAUAUCAUGGAAUGCCCAAGAGGCCGACAAAGCGCGAUCAUCUUCCAACACACCUCCGCGAAGCCCUAAGAAACAGGCAAGAUCAGGCACGAAAUUGCGAAGUGCCCCUCAGGCAGCUAGCGUGGCCACUGAAUCCGAUGAAGCCGAGGACACAAUCAAUGGCAACACACCUCCCGAGCCCAGCCAGUCAGUACCUGCUGAUGCGGAGGCUAUGGACAUCGAUGAGCCUCCCGGUCCAACAAGCGCCAUGCCCGACAGUGCCUCUGCCGGUGAUUCGAGAAGCACGAGUUAUCCGGACCUCACUGCUCAUGCUACUCGAGGCCCUCUUGCCGGAGUCAAGAAGUCUCAACCAACCCCGCAGGCAGAGGGUGACACACCUAAUAGAGAGACUCGUACGCCGCUUUUUGAUCUGGAUAAUCUACGAAACACAGUGCCGUUCACCAGCACAAACAGCGGUGGAAUCGAGAACCUAGAAGAUGUGCACGCCAAUCUCCCAUUUGAUUCCAGGGCAAAACAACCAACAACAACAAAGCGUGACAUCCAGCCUCGAGAGCUAAAACUACCAAACCCUCCCAAACGACCAUGGGCACCACAACCAACCGCCGCCUACGCAGGCUCACAACAGCUCACUCUCUCCCGUGACAAAUGGAACUGGUACGUGUCCGCAAUGAGCACAUACAUGCACGACUGGAACACAUUCAACCGCCGCAUGCUCCUCCACUUCAACACCCGACAAGAAGCCAUCGAAACUGGCCUUUCACCGAAAUGGAUCAGCGCCGUCGGUGAUACAGCACGGCUCCACAUCAACGGGAUCGACGAAGAAGACGAGAAGAGCGAGACCCGCGAAGAUGUACCCGAUGAAAGCGACGACCUUGUUCCCGGUAGCGGCAAGGGCGGCUUCAGUGCAUACCUGCGAGGCAUCGAGGAGGAUAUCCAGGUGCGAAAGCAUUGGGAUGUAGCCUGUGAAUUGCACCGCGAAUGUAUUCUGGAUCUCGGGCGGCUGAGGGAAUGGAUCCGGAACGGUGGGAAGGUGGUAUAG